AUGUUACAAAUAAUAGCCUCUCUGAAGGGAACUUUCCGAUCAAGUUUACGAUCAUGGAUUGAAAUUAUUAUCAAAACACAAAUUGAGGAACCUCUCACACUCGUCAAGAAGGAUAUUCAAGUAUUUGGAACUUGUAAAAAACUAACCAUUGAUGAUUUCACAAUCUAUGAUGGCAUUGGAGGUGUCUUGUACAUGUUAAUUUACUUUUUUGUAAAAUCGAGUCCAAAGAGCACUGAUUCGCCACUUCCUUCUGAGGAUGCCAUGAGUAGAAGAAGAGAUUCACAAUGCUCAUCUACCAUGUCUGAUUCUAACUUUGUGGAUACAGCACUUCCGAAUGCAGAAGAUUUAUCAUUCAUUCCAAUUGCAUCGAUGGAGUAUCUCUCAGAGAAAAUUGAAAAAUGUGUACAUUUAAUUGAGCUCAUCAUGGAAAAGCAAUCACUCUCACUCGAUAAUGGUGAUAUAAGUGGUGUUGGUGGUAUGAUGGGAUUGUUUUCUCUAUUAUCAAUUGCCUAUGAUAUUCUAGGAAAGACUGAAAAGGCCAAAAUUACACUCCAUAAUAUUGCUAUUCAUUUUCCAAAGCUUUGCUUUAUCAAUAGGAGGGCAAACAAACCAAUUUCCAAUGAGUGGCUUUAUGGCCGUAUAGGAUAUUUGUACACUGUCCUAUUUUUGCAGAGAUACUUUAAGGAUUCUAAGGUUUUACCAGACAAUUAUUUGGAAGUUAUGCAAUUUGAUAAGGUUGUUGAUAUUAUCAAACAGGAUGGAGAUAAGGGAAACAAGUACAUGUGGGAAUGGCAUGAAAAGGAAUAUCUAGGAGCUGUUCAUGGUUUUUGUGGCAUUGCCAAACUCUUAUUGGAUCUUACAGAUAUCAAGAAUGAUGAAAGUAGUUUCAAAAAGAUUAAAGAAACUGUGGAUUGGUUAGUUUCAGAACAAUUCAGUGAUGGCAAUUUCCCUUCUAGUGUUGGAAGCAAAUCAUCGAGACUUCUUCAAUUCUGUCAUGGUGUGACGGGAGUAAUGCCAAUUCUUUUGGACAUGUACAAAAUUACAAAGGAUGAAAAGUAUUUGGACUCUGCAAAGAAAGCUGGGGCUUGUAUGUGGAAAUUUGGUCUCUUGAAGAAAGGUCUAGGGUUGUGCCAUGGUAUAUUUGGAAACCUCUAUCCUUUCAUCUUAAUGUACCAAACUACAGGAGAUGAUGAAUGUUUAAUGAGGGCCAUCAGAUUUGCUCAAUACGGAUGUGAAAAUCAAUCCAAACUAGUUUCUGUGCCUGACCAUCCAUUCUCAUUGUUUGAAGGCAUAUCUGGAUCUUGUAUCGUUCUUGAUGGAUUAAUAGAGUUGAUGUGUAAUUAUGAAUUGGGUGUAAAGGAGGAUUAUUUCCAUUUCCCUUGCUUUGAUUAUAAGAUUUUCAAGCAAUAA